AUCUUGGUCGAGGGCAGCUUCGGCUUCCGUGUCGGCUUCAGCGCGGCUGAGAGCACCGGGCGGCGGCCGCCAGCUUGGCUGAGGGCACAGCGCACCGCCGUGGAGGUGGAAAAAAAAACAACGAACAAAGCCAAAACCAACACAACAACCCACCACUAAAAACACGCAGGAGGGGCUUGAAACCCGCUGCUGCUCGCUCGAGGGGCGGGACGGGGUGGAGUGGCCCCGGCAGCGCGGCGGCCGCGGGCAGGCUGUGCGGCCAUGGGGAGGAUCGGGCUGCAGCUGCGCGCCACGCUGGAGAACAUCACCCGGCUGCGGGCCGAGGGGGAGGAUUUCCGCUGGUACCUCAAGCUGAAAUGUGGGAACUGUGGUGAAGUUUCUGAAAAAUGGCAGUAUCUGCGAUUGAUGGACAGUGCUCCCCUGAAAGGAGGCAGAGGGAGUGCCACCAUGGUGCAGAAGUGCAAGUUGUGCUCCAGGGAGAGCUCCAUUGAUAUUUUAAGUCAGACAAUCAAGCCUUACAAUGCCGAAGACAGCGAGAAAUUCAAAACAAUAGUGGAGUUUGAAUGCCGAGGUCUGGAACCAGUCGACUUUCAACCACAGGCAGGCUUUGCUGCUGAAGGUGCAGAAUCUGGCACACCUUUCAAUGACAUAAACUUGUUAGAAAAGGAUUGGAAUGACUAUGAUGAAAAAACAAAGGAAUCUGUUGGAAUCUAUGAAGUUACCCAUAAAUUUGUAAAAUGCUAAGUUCAUACCCCUAAUAAAUCUUUACAUGCUUAUUGACGGAGGAGCUGUAACCAUCAGAGAUGCAGUUUCGUCUGAGUUACUUUUCACAUGGCUGUACUUCAGAAAUGGAAACCUAAGUUGUACUUACUGUCCCCAAGAAGUCCUAAUAAAAUAUUUCCCACAGAGCA